UUCGAUUUUGACUAGGCAAUGACCUGUACUGUAUGACUGCAAGUCGGUUGAUUUUACUAGAACUUCAAGGGAUCUUUUGGACACUGAGACAUGAAACGCAGAUACUACACUGAUCGGGACAUAUCUCCGGCUUGCACUAGCUUUGACGCUUCUUUAAGUCUUUCCGAAAUACCAGGACAUGUGUGGGUGGGUAAUCUAGACACAAGAGUGACAGAAGAUAGGCUCUCGAAUUACUUUUCGAGAGCCGGUAGGAAUUACCAGUGUUGUCGUCAAACGAGAUCCAUCGCGAUGUUUUGCAUAUGCAUUUGUUAAUUUUCGUAACCUGACUGACGCACAAGCUGCUGUAAGACGUUAUCAUAACAGAGAGUUUAUGGGUCAGAAAAUCAAAGUCAAGCUCCAGGAGAAGAAAGGGUUUUUGUAUUGCAGGCAACCAACAGAAGUGAGAGAAGGAGAAACGAAAGUGAAAAAGAUGUUUGAAACUGAUCGUUUAGUAGCGUCAUGUAUCUGGAAGAAGAUUCGUCCUGAAUUGUAUUCUUCUGCUAAGAAAGUGAAUGUCCGUGUUGAGAAAGAGAAAGAUGACCCUAUUGCAAUGAUUGGGACACAAAAUGGGGUAUCUACAGUUCUCCAGUGGCUCUCUACAAAAGCUCUAGAAUUGACGCGCAGUUUUACAACAGAAAUGGUACAUUUUGAUUCUGUUGAAGCAGUUGCUCUGCAAAAUUUUGCAGUUGGGUCGAGUAUUAGAAGGUUGGAGAUCAAAAAUUGUGUCGAAAUAAAAUGGCCAGAAAAAGGUCUAGUUGCCAAACGUCCAAUUACCAAUGCUGGUCAAGAAAGGGUUUUAGAACUUAGAAUCAAGAAUUUGCUGGACACUGAAGUAGAUGCUAUCAUUUGUGCCGCAAACUCCAGUCUCGACACAACAACAGGCUUGGCAAAGAUUUUGUCAAACGCAGGAGGUAUCUCUAUACAGAGUCAGCUAAAUGAUUACGUUAAAUUGCACGGAAUGGCAGAAGAAGGUAGUUCUGUAGCAAUCGAAGCUGGAGAGUUGAGAUGCGAGUGGCUCGUAUUUGCUGUCGUUCCCGGUUGCGCUGCAUCAACUUUCAACUCUAGGGAUCGCGAGUUGUUUCGGGCUGCCGUCUCAAGCUCAUUGCGUAAAGCAGGGACACGGAACGCGACUACCGUAGCUAUACCUGCCCUAAAGGCUGGUUCAUCUCAAUUGCCAAUCAAGAAUUGCGCAGAAGUUACUAUACAAGCAAGUCGACAAUACCUCGAGUCUUGCUCUGAUUCUAGUGUGAGUAAGAUCGAGAUAGUUUUGCCUCCUGAUCCUAAACUGGUCGAAGAAUUUGAAAAUAAAUUUAGUGCCGACGUUUCCACAAUUGUGAAACUUCCAGACCUGCAGCCACCCGUAGCAUCAUUUCUUUGGUUGUAUGAAGACGACAGUGGCAGUUUUAACAAUUAUGAUGUAGCAGCUGCCAAAGCAAUAGAAGAACAAUUUCAGGCUAGCGUCCAGACAGCGACCAUUCAAAUAAAGAUGUUUACCUACAAGGUAGAUUUUAGUUCCAUGAUACAAACCAACCUUAUAACGUUCAAAAGUAGGCGAAUUAAAAGAAUUGUUGCCACUGUCAGAUGCGCGUGGUUCUAUAGAGGAAAUGACGGUUGCUAUGAACGGUAUGACAAAAUUUCCUCUUCCGCAAUAGAAACGGCACACGCCGAGGGUCAGAGCAGAAUUUAUAUAACACCAAACAAGUACACUUACACGGUUGAUCUGAAGAAAAUGGAACAAACGAACAACUCAACGAAAAUGAAGCGAUCAAUAAAAAGACAAGUCGCCAGUACAAACACGACUUGUAGCUUUCCAAAACUUGCAAUGUCCUUUGAAGAUGUCGACGUACAUAUUCGUGGUCAACCAACUGAUGUUGAGGCUGGAGUAGCGGAGUUAACUGCGUUGAUUAGAGAAACAAUAAAAACAAAAGAGGUACCUAUCCCUAACACUUUAUCAACCAGCAUUCAAACGAUAAUCAAGCAAUAUGGCGAAGCGUACGGGUUAAGAAUACAAUUUUCACAAUCACCCGACAGUGGACCUUCAGUUGCAACAGUUGGAGGGUUUAAGAAUCGUGUAGACAACUUUGUACAAGACUUGCAAGAAAAAAUUAUUCAACUCCAGCAGUCCUCAAAGCAGCCUGAAUGGGAGCCACCUCCUGAAUGGGAACUACCUGUUGAUCCAAACCAGCCUAUUUUAAAAUUUGUCAAUCCUGCAGCAGGAGAAUACAAACGUGUUCUAAACAGAAUGCGUGAAAGCAUGCCCGAGGUUCAAAUUGUCAAACUUGAACGAAUUCAAAAUGUUUGGUUGUGGCGCAAGUAUUGUCAACACAUGGAACGCAUGAGAGAAAAGAACGAGGGCAGCGUCAAAGAGAAGGAAUUGUUUCAUGGAACAAGCUCAACAAAUCCUGAAAAGAUCUACUUGAGUGAAGAAGGAUUUGACAUGAGAUUUUGCGCUGGAAGAUGGGGUUGGGGUUGCUACUUUGCAGAGAACGCGAGCUAUUCUGACGGUUUCUGUUACCGAAGUUUAGUGGGAAUGCAGAUGUUUCUAGCUAAAGUCCUAACUGGAGAGUCUAUCAGUCUUCGUGGCGAUAAAUCUCUGCGAAUGCCACCAGAGAAAAAAUCUUCCAGCGGUCACACAGUAAGAUUCGAUACCGUUACAGGCGUCAGUAGCAGUAGCCGUAUCUACGUCACCUACAAUAACGACAAAGCAUUUCCAUUCUAUCUCAUUACUUAUCGUUAGUGCAGGACUUUUGUCUGGACUAUAGUCCAAGCACUGCGUUUAUCAGUUUGGUUGCGCCAUUUGGUAUUUUAUCCUCCGAGCAUUGCAGCAGUUGGAACGAAAUUAGUUGUUGCUUACCACUGUCAGCACGUUUUAAUGUGUACUCAUAAAAUGCGAAUUGUUGUUUAGCCUGAAAGUUAUGACAGGACUUGAGUACUAUAUAAAUAGACUUUG